CGUCACUUCCUGGGAAAGCUUUGCCUCCUACUUUUUUUUUUUGUUGGGACCUAAGGGAGGAAAAUCUUGCGCAGGGGGUCGCCGGACGGAAUAAAACAAGAAGGAACCUUCCAACUCUGAAAAUGCUCCAUGUUGCUCUUCGGUCGUCCAAAAUGCAAGCGGGCGUGCUUUCGCGCUGGAUUUAACGGUGGAGCUUCGGUGGCGUAGUGUGAACCUCCCUCACUGCCAGCAUGCUGAGUUUCCUGCGAAGGACCCUGGGGCGACGCUCCAUCCGCAAACAUGCAGAAAAAACACGGCUACGGGAGGCCCAGCGCGCUACAACACACAUUCCGGCUGCUGGUGAUGCCAAGUCCAUCAUUACUUGCCGUGUGUCCUUGUUGGACGGGACCGAUGUCAGCGUCGACCUGCCGAAAAAAGCCAAAGGUGAGGAGCUGUUUGACCAGAUCAUGUACCACCUGGACAUAGUAGAAAAAGACUACUUCGGACUGCGCUUCAUGGACUCUGCACAAGUUCCACAUUGGCUGGAUAUCACAAAAAGUAUCAAAAAGCAAGUGAAAAUUGGCCCUCCAUACUGCCUUCACAUGCGAGUCAAGUUUUACUCCUCUGAGCCAAACAACUUGCAUGAGGAGCUUACCAGAUACCUUUUUGUGUUGCAAUUAAAACAAGACAUCCUCAGUGGAAAGCUAGAAUGCCCAUUUGAAACAGCGGUGGAGUUGGCUGCCUUCUCACUACAGGCGGAACUUGGUGAUUGUGACCCACUGGAACACAAUUUGGACCUGGUAUCAGAAUUUCGAUUUAUCCCUGAACAGACUGAAGAUGUGGAGCUGGCUAUUUACAACGCAUGGAAGGAGUGCAGAGGUCAAACACCUGCACAGGCUGAGAUCAACUACUUGAAUAAAGCAAAAUGGCUGGAAAUGUAUGGUGUGGACAUGCAUAUGGUUCAGGCACGAGAUGGUAAUGAGUACAGUUUGGGUUUGACACCAACCGGUGUUUUGGUGUUUGAAGGACAAACCAAGAUUGGCCUCUUUUUUUGGCCAAAGAUCACUCGUCUUGAUUUCAAAAAGAGCAAGCUGACUCUUGUGGUUGUGGAGGAUGAUGAUCAGGGCAAAGAGCAGGAGCACACCUUUGUCUUCAGAAUGGACCAUCCGAAGGCCUGUAAGCACCUCUGGAAGUGUGCUGUGGAACAUCACGCCUUCUUCCGGCUGAGGGGUCCAGUACAAAAGAACUCUGCGCGCUCUGGUUUCAUUCGCAUGGGAUCGCGCUUCCGAUACAGUGGAAACACAGAGUACCAGACAACAAAGUCCAAUAAAGCCCGACGCUCAGCCUCCUUUGAGAGGAGGCCGAGUCGACGCUAUUCAAGAAGAACAAUGCACAACAGAGGACCUUUGCAUCCUCAGGAAGUCCUUUCGUCAGGCAAUGGAGUCAACUCCAGCAAAGACAAGCAUGUUUCUCCCAGUCGAGGCGCCUGGUCGGGUGUGCCGGUUGUGAACGUUGCGCCUGCUUCUGCUUGUGGCCCGUUGGAAAUCGAGCCUCUGCCUAGGAGUCCAGGAGGGGAAAAGAGAAGUUUACCGCUGGCUGCUGACCUUAUCGAGACAUGCAUUGACGACGUCCUCAGGGCUUCGGCCACUCCAGCCGUGAAGGCUGUCGAUGAGGCGGGACCGAGUACAGCCUACUCUCCUCCUGUUGCGACUGGCGAAGAGUUACUCAGCCUCAAUGAAACAGCUGCACGUCUCAAGCAGUUGGAGUUGGAGAGUAGUCCACGUCUGGCCAAGAAUAAUGUCAACAUCAAUAUGGUCAUGAAUAAUCAGGAGGACAUUGUGAAAAUCCGAGAGAAACGCUGUCUGAACAGUGCAGACAGCAGUCCUGUCAUCACGCCACUGCGAGCCCCAGACAAUUUGAAGAGUAACAUCCUCAAAGCGCAAGCUGAGGCCGCCACACUCAAGGUCGCUUUGGAGGAAACUGUCACAAUGAUGGGAGAUAAAAACUGUAAUUUGCAGGAAACAUCCUCAAGGUUGAAGUCACGCCCCGGCCGUAUGGGCAGCAAUUCAUCUCUGCCCGUUAGCAGUCGCCCUGACAUACAAGACUCAUGGGAGUUGCUCAAAACCUCUUCACUUGUCUCAUCAGCUGGCACCAGUGCUGAAAGGUUAGCUGAAGAUUCUAACCCUCCUUUAGCCAAGUUGCCCUCAGACUCUGUUGUUGAAGGCACCACACUUAUGGCUAAAGCAGAGGAAGUUGAUGUAUCAAACACAACUUUACCACUCUCUGAUAAUUUGAUUGACUUCACUGAUCCCACCCCUGCUAUGCCAUCGGUGCAGCCGCCCAAAGCUCCCAUCACUCCUCGCUGGAUCAUUCCUACUGCUGCUCCUCCUGGUAUCUUUACUAACGGCCUGCUCGACCUUGAGCCCCCUGCUAAGGUCGCCGCCGCUCCUCUUCCCCCCGUGGACGGGGGAGCCGCUCUCACCUCAGCCCUCCCUCAGUCCGCUCAUACAUUUCACACCAACUCAGUGAGCAAUAUGGGUCAGCAGGCAGCCUCAGAGGAUGGAGCCACACACAGAGGCCUCCUGACCACUGAACUCUAAUACCUGCAGAUAAGCUGAGUGGGCAAAACAGCAUGCAGUUUGAAAGUAACAACACACACUAACAUUUUUUGUUGUUGUUAGGACUCGCCACAAAACGUAUUCAUCGCAGUCACAAUUAGGUUUAGUGGAAAACGCAACUCAAGUUCUUUAUCUGUAAAGCAACUGGUUCCAUCCAUUUUUGACACUGACAAGCAAAUAGUCUUUUUGUGCGUCAUCUUUAAUUUCUUUAAUGCAUUCCACUGGACGUAAGCGCCACGAAAGGUGAUGACCGUGUUUAGUUGAAGAGAUGAUAACAACUGGACUCUUGAAAUAUGAUUCUCUACAUUUCCAUGAGAAGCCUUUUUUUUUUUUUUUUUUUUUUUAAAGCCCUUUUUUGUCACUGGAUUGAACAUUUUUCUUUGUCACUGGAUUACUUUUGCAACACUGGAUCAUUUGAAACUGACAUGAAUGAAGAUUGACCUGAUGACAGUUUUUUUUUGUUUUUUUUAGCAUUGCGGUUUCAAUGUUUUUCUCUCAUUCGACCCUAUAAUGUGAGGUUUUAUUGUUUGGACUGAAUGUGAUCUUCUCUUUGAUUUCCAAUUGGAACUACUUUUUGGAGUCAUUGGCAUUUAUGUGCUCCAUUUGAUUUUACUUUCUAUUUUUAAAUGAGGAAUGUAACUUGUCAGUCAUGUUGAGCUGUGAGGUGCUCAGGUGGGCAUGCUGGAUUUUCACACUGUAAAUUAUCCCUAUGCUAGAUACAAAUGAGUAUUUAGUAGGAAUAAGUUCAAAAAGUUGAGCGCUGUAUUAGGGUCAGAGGUUUUCACUAACAACUAUUUGGACUUUUCGAUCGAUCAUUUUUCAUGAGAUGUUUAGUUCAAAAUGUUUUUUAUGUCUUAUUACAUUGCAUAUUUUCUGAGAAAUGCUCCGAUUAUGGAUCUGACUUGUUAAAUUGAAGUAGCUACGACGUUGCCAUCUUGUGGAAACUAUCUAAACUAUCUGUUUCAAUCUCAAUUGCUGAUUGUUUUACUUCGCAAAUAUCUUAAAUGUAAUUUUAUACUUGUGAAAUGAAGAUCUAAUUCUAUAUUUUUGGACUAUAUUAAUGACUUAAUGAGUGUACUGUAUAUCACAUUGAUUCUUUACUCAUUCACUGCCAUUGACAGUGAUAGACAUCCAAUCCAUUUCAUGGCUGGCAUUGAGUCAAUAGUUUCACUGCCAUUGAUGGCGAUGGACGACCAAUCCCUUUUGACUGGGUGCCAACCAGUCAAAAAGGGAUUGGACAUCGAUCGCUCUCAAUGGCAGCCAGUGAAUUAAAUUUAUGAUUGUUUUUUACUACCCAUCAUUUUGAUGAUGUAGCUGAUAAGGGAAAUUGACUAUUGCAGUUAUUUAUGUGCCCGUUCGGUGUUCACCUAUUACAUGUCAAAAUAUGUGGGUAGGUCAUGGUUGUGAAGUAUUCAGCUGGCUGUAGAUACAGUGUGAUAUAUAUUUUUUUCAUAUGACUGUAAAGUAUAUUUAGCGCUUUCACGGUGGACCAUAACAGCAUCGAUGUCAUUAAAAAGAUGUAGGAAACAAAAUGGAAGUCAA